UUGUUCGUUGCUGAGGGUUUUCAAUCGUGUUUGUUGAACGUUAAGAAACUGACGGUGAAAAAGUUUCUAGUCUAAUAAAACAGGUUCUCCGCAAUAAUGGCAAACUAUUUGCAAACCACACCGGCCAUCUCAUGUGUAAUUUUAGAGGAAAUUUUGACCAGUUUUGGCAUGAAGGUAGAAGAACCAGACGUUCAGAAAAUCGACGAGAUGCUUCAAACGCCCAGUGACAUUCCAAUGGUUGCAAUACCCUGGGUAUGUAGUAACUCAAUUGUGGAUGAAGAAUGUAGAGAAAAUGAGACUCCGGUGUUAUCUACAGUGGUUCCCGCUGCACCACCGGUCGUAGUGUCACAUGAACAAGUCCCUCCGGUACUGCAGAUAGCUACCGAUGUUCCAAACUCAUCGGAACGACUGGAAAGUGGUGUCUCGAUUUCCUCCGCUAUUAUGCCGGAAACUCCCUUUAACGAGGUUGAACUGGCUCUACUGGAACAAUGUUCGGACAUUGAUGAGGAGAACAUGGAAUUGGCUUACCUGACAUGUUCGCUGUCCCUCAGUAUGGUGGAAGCAGAGUUUCUUAGAAUGCAGCUUAAGCUAUUCAAUCUAAAGGCGCGAUCAAUUCUCGAACUGUUUCAGUACUGUGAAGGUUCCAACAACGGGUUCUGCCGGUGCCCGGAGAUUCGCAAACGAGUCUACGAAAUGGGAAUUCUGGUUCAGCGAGCUGACAGUUAGAUGUAAGUGCUUUAUAAUUUAUUAUUCUUUACUUACGUAUUGCUUCCGGUAAUUGAAGCACAACACAUAAUAAAACUACAAGGAUUGUUGGUCUAUGAAUGUUUAUGUGCAAUAAAUUAAAUUCUUUAAUGGA